UUGAAGAAAUUGGCAGGAACAGAAGAAAAUUAGGUACUGUGGAUUAUCUUGAGGGGAAGGAAGAUACUAAUUUGGGAUGAUGCUCAAUCAACUGAGCCACUCCGGCCAGCCCAACUCUUAAGAAUUGUCCACAUUGAGUCUCCAGCAAUUCAUCAGUUACAGUUCAGGCUUUCCUACUACUCAUGCAUUGGCUCCUAUGGCAGUUUCUGCUUGUGUGUCUCUACUCUGGUUUCCAAAUAUUCGAAGUUUGAUUGGUCCAAAAGACAUUGUCCUGAUUGGUCAGAAUAGAGCUACUCUGGAUGGUUGCAGCUGUGCAGACCUUGUGUGGACAGUAAUGACCUCACGUUUCCGUUUGCCUGCUGGCAGAACCUACAAUGUACGAGCAUCAGAGUUGGCCCGAGACAGACAGCAUACAGAGGUGGAUUGCAACAUUCUUCUUCUGGAUAACACUGUACAAGUUUUCAAAGUUAGUAAACAUGAUCAAGGACAAGUUCUGUUGGAUAUAGUCUUCAAACAUCUUGAUUUGACUGAGCGUGACUAUUUUGGUUUACAGUUGGCUGAUGAUUCCACAGAUAACCCAAGGUGGCUGGAUCCAAACAAACCAAUAAGGAAGCAGUUAAAGAAACUGCUUUUAUUAAUUCUAGGAGGAUCUCCUUACAGUUUGAACUUCAGAGUCAAAUUUUUUGUAAGUGACCCCAACAAGUUACAAGAAGAAUAUACAAGGUACCAGUAUUUUUUGCAAAUUAAACAAGACAUUCUUACUGGAAGAUUGCCCUGUCCUUAUAAUACUGCUGCCCUUUUGGCUUCAUUUGCUGUUCAGUCUGAAUUUGGAGACUACAACCAGUCAGAAAACUUGCCAGGCUACCUCUCAGAUUAUUCUUUCAUUCCUAAUCAACCUCAAGAGUUUGAAAAAGAAAUUGCAAAAUUACAUCAGCAACAUACAGGCUUAUCUCCUGCAGAAGCAGAAUUUAAUUACCUGAACACAGCACGUACCUUAGAACUCUAUGGAGUUGAAUUCCACUAUGCAAGGGAUCAAAGUAACAAUGAAAUUAUGAUUGGAGUGAUGUCAGGAGGAAUUCUGAUUUAUAAGAACAGGGUACGAAUGAAUACCUUUCCAUGGUUGAAGAUUGUAAAAAUUUCGUUUAAGUGCAAACAGUUUUUUAUUCAACUUAGAAAAGAAUUGCAUGAAUCCAGAGAAACCUUAUUGGGAUUUAAUAUGGUGAACUACAGAGCAUGCAAAAAUUUGUGGAAAGCUUGUGUAGAACAUCACACCUUCUUCCGUUUGGACAGACCCCUUCCACCUCAAAAGAAUUUUUUUGCACAUUAUUUUACAUUAGGUUCAAAAUUCCGGUACUGUGGGAGAACUGAAGUCCAGUCAGUUCAGUAUGGCAAAGAAAAAGCAAAUAAGGACAGGGUAUUUGCAAGAUCCCCAAGUAAACCCUUGGCACGAAAAUUAAUGGAUUGGGAAGUAGUAAGCAGAAAUUCAGUAUCUGAUGACAGGUUGGAAACACAAAGCCUUCCAUCACGAUCUCCGCCUGGGACACCUAAUCAUCGAAAUUCUGCAUUCACACAAGAGGGACCCCGGUUACGACCAUCUUCAGUUGGUCAUUUGGUAGACCGUGUGGUUCACACUUCCCCAAGCGAAGUAUUUGUGAAUCACAGAUCUCCAUCUUCAACACAAGCUAACAGCAUCAUUCUGGAAUCAUCACCAUCACAAGAGACCCCUGGGGAUGGGCAGCCUCCGGCUUUACCGCCCAAACAAUCGAAGAAAAACAGCUGGAACCAAAUGUAUUAUUCACAUUCGCAACAAGAUCUGGAAAACCAUAUUAAUGAGGCAUUUGAUGUUCCAUCUUCCCCUGAAAAAUCUACUACACAUCAAAAAGAGAGAAGAAUCCUUACCAAAAAUGGCAACUUUAGUGUUACCUCUGUGCCUAAUGGUGGUAUUCCACAUGAUCAUCUUGUUCUAAUCAGAAUGAAACCUGACGAAAAUGGAAGAUUUGGAUUCAAUGUAAAGGGAGGAUAUGAUCAGAAGAUGCCUGUGAUCGUGUCCCGAGUAGCACCAGGAACACCUGCUGACCUCUGUGUCCCUCGACUGAAUGAAGGGGACCAAGUUGUACUGAUAAAUGGUCGGGACAUUGCAGAACAUACCCAUGACCAGGUUGUCCUGUUUAUUAAAGCUAGCUGUGAGAGACAUUCUGGGGAACUCGUACUUCUAGUCCGACCUAAUGCUGUCUAUGAUGUAGUGGAAGAAAAGCUAGAAACUGAGCCAGACUUCCAGUACAUUCCUGAAAAAGCCCCACUAGAUAGCGUCCAUCAGGAUGAUCAUUCCCUGCGGGAGUCAAUGAUCCAGCUAGCUGAGGGGCUUAUCACGGGAACAGUCCUGACACAAUUUGAUCAACUAUAUCGGAAAAAACCUGGAAUGACAAUGUCUUGUGCCAAAUUACCUCAGAAUAUUUCCAAAAAUAGAUACAGAGAUAUUUCGCCUUAUGAUGCUACACGGGUCAUUUUAAAGGGUAAUGAAGAUUAUAUCAAUGCAAAUUAUAUAAAUAUGGAAAUUCCUUCUUCUAGCAUUAUAAAUCAGUACAUUGCUUGUCAAGGGCCAUUACCACACACUUGUACAGAUUUUUGGCAGAUGACUUGGGAACAAGGCUCCUCCAUGGUUGUAAUGUUGACCACACAAGUUGAACGUGGCAGAGUGAAGUGCCACCAGUAUUGGCCAGAGCCCACAGGAAGUUCAUCCUAUGGAUGCUACCAAGUCACCUGCCACUCGGAAGAAGGAAAUACUGCAUAUAUCUUCAGGAAGAUGACACUAUUUAACCAAGAGAAAAAUGAGAGUCGUCAACUCACUCAGAUCCAGUACACAGCCUGGCCUGACCAUGGUGUCCCUGAUGAUUCCAGUGACUUUCUGGAUUUUGUUUGUCACGUACGAAAUAAGAGGGCCGGCAAGGAAGAACCUGUUGUUGUUCAUUGCAGUGCUGGGAUUGGAAGAACUGGGGUUCUGAUUACUAUGGAAACAGCCAUGUGUCUCAUUGAAUGCAACCAACCAGUUUAUCCACUAGACAUUGUAAGAACAAUGAGAGAUCAACGAGCCAUGAUGAUCCAGACACCUAGUCAAUACAGAUUUGUAUGUGAAGCUAUUUUGAAAGUUUAUGAAGAAGGAUUUGUUAGACCCUUAACGACAUCAUCAAAUAAAUAAGAAAGCAAAAAAUCUGGGAUAUGUGUUAGAAAACUGCUUUCCAAUUAUAUUCACUGUGCCAUAAUACUGCUUGCAGGAAAUGGCAUCUAAACAAAAAAUGAAGAACUGACAAAAACUGAAAACUUCAGCACUGUUGCACUUUAUGUUUAAAAAAAAAA